GAAACGCCUCCCGUUUGUAGCCAUUCAGCAGCCUGGCGCCGCAGAGCGAGCAUUGAGACAGAGACACUGCAGAGCGUCGAUUCACAGCGCGGAGAGACGAGACGGGAACAGGACGCAUCCUGCAGCCGACACAGACCCGCAACACCCCGCAAGACCACAUCCACACAGCCCCCUUCUUCUGGGUACAUCUCUGGAUCUCCAAAAAAGAGGGAAAACAGAUGUGGAGGUGCAGCUGCAGCCGGAGUUUCCGUGGAGUUAUAUAAGAAGAGGAGCGCCAGCCGCGUCGCAGUGACUCAUUGAUAAAUAACGCGGCUCUCUCCGGACAGAUGCAUGAAUGACCGUCAGUGAACGCAACCCGCAGCAGGGAAAUCUGUGAAGGAGAGUUAGUUGCGCGUGUGUGUUGCCGUUUCUUCGGGAUACCAGCGGACAUUUGGAGUCAUAUUUCAUGUGUUUAAAUUUUGCACUUUUGUAUUUUUUACCGUGCAGUCGCGAAGUGUUGCUGCGGGCCCUCCAAGCAGCAGCAGCAGCGCUCUGAGAAACAAAAUCUCGCUUCUUCAAAUUAUAUUAAUUUUUUCCAACUCCUGCUUAUAAAUGCUUGACAAGCUCAAGCCCGUCAUCCAGCUCGACUCCGUAAUGGCGAUCAGCAAGACGGUGGGCUGGCUCCGGGAGCAGCUGGAGACGCGCAGGGACGGCCUGCUUGUGAUGGACUGCCGGGCCCAGGAGCUGUACGAGUCGUCGCACGUCGACACGGCCAUCAACGUGGCCAUCCCCAGCCUCAUGCUCCGCCGGCUCAAGAAGGGCAACCUGCCCGUGCGGUCGCUGCUCUCCGACGGGGAGGACCGGGAGAAGUUCGUGCGUCGGUGCAAGACGGACACCAUAGUGCUGUACGACGAGUACAGCCGGGAGUGGAACGAGAACGUGGACGGCGGCUCGGUGCUGGGUCUGCUGCUCCGGAGGAUGAAGGACGAAGGCUACAAGGCCUAUUAUCUGGAGGGUGGUUUCAGUAAAUUCCAGGCCGAGCAUCCAGGUCUGUGUGAGACCAACCUGGACGGCUCCUCCACCACCAGCUCCCCCACCGCCCAGGUGCUGGGCCUCGGCGGGCUGCGGAUCAGCUCCGACUCGUCGGACAUCGAGUCCGACAUCGACCGGGACCCGAGCAGCGCCACGGACUCUGACGGCAGCCCCCUAUCCAACCCGCAGCCCUCCUUCCCCGUGGAGAUCCUGCCGCACCUCUACCUGGGCUGCGCCAAGGACUCCACCAACCUGGACGUGCUGGAGGAGUACGGGAUCAAGUACAUCCUCAACGUGACUCCCAACCUGCCCAACCUCUUCGAGAACGCAGGGGAGUUUAAGUACAAGCAGAUCCCCAUCUCGGAUCACUGGAGCCAGAAUCUCUCUCAGUUCUUCCCCGAGGCUAUCAGCUUCAUUGAUGAAGCUCGGGGUCAGAAGUGCGGCGUCCUGGUCCACUGCCUGGCCGGCAUUAGCCGCUCGGUGACGGUAACGGUGGCGUACCUGAUGCAGAAGCUCAACCUGUCCAUGAACGACGCCUACGACAUCGUCAAGAUGAAGAAGUCCAACAUCUCGCCCAACUUCAACUUCAUGGGCCAGCUCCUGGACUUUGAGCGCACGCUGGGCCUGAAGAGCCCGUGCGACAACCGCAUCGCGCCGCCGACUCAGCAGCUCUACUUCACCACGCCGACCAACCACAACGUCUUCCAGUUGGACCCUCUGGAGUCCACGUGAGGCCCGCCGACACCCCCGAUCUUUUGCUGGAGGUUUUGUGGGCCUCCUGUUUGAAAAAAGCUGCAAAAAAGUUUCUCUUUUUUCCGCCGUCUGCCAAGGGACUGGGCUCUUGACCUUAUUGAUACAGCUGGUUUGAGGCGACUGCUGCGGCGCGUGGUUACCGGAGGGCCGGAGCUGUCUGGCCGAGACGCAGCUGCUGCUGACUAAACGAGGAGUGACAGUUAAAGAGACAGAAACGGAGGGAGAGAGUCAUUUAAAAAAUCCUUUCUUCAAUCUUUAUAUCGCUGUCUGGACUCCUGAGGUCUUCUAUCUCUUUCUUUCAAUGUGUCUGAGGAACUUCAAUUGUCGGACGUUAUGCUUCAAAGCUCCUGGGCUGGUGUGCCAAAGAGACAUGAUUGUUCAAAGUGGACAGAUCAGAAAAACAAACUCUUUUUUUUAUGUUUGUUUCGGGGUCUAGCACUGGUUUCAACCCCCGAGACGCCAAAGGUGCGUCGUCUCCUUCGUCUUCUGUGAAGACUUGCCUGUGUGGGGUAGAAGCACCCCUCCUUUAGAUGGCACACUAUAUACUGGACUCAAUUUUACAUUUGUGGAGUCUUUUCAAACAUUUAUACAUUGUGUAUAUAUCUUAAUAUAAAAGACAUACAGUAAAAAGCCUUGCUCUAGUAUAUAUAUAUACCCUUUGCAACAAGUGGGUACUGAAGAUUCUCUUUCAUAUUCUACUUUUAUGUAAGCAACCAAACUGCAUAUUGAUCAGUAUGUUUAAGUUGAUUAUGCCAAAAAUCAAGUAGGCUUUCCAAGAAUUGUGCAAAAAUGUGUACAUGUGUAAUAUAUUUGAUAAUCGCUUUACGUGUGAAUUCAGCCAACAGGCCUUGUUUUUGCACCCACCCUGUCACAAAUCAGUCACCUUGGUUGUUUGCCUUACUUUUGCGCCCAGAAAAGGUUUUAUUUUCACAUUCGCCCUCAGAGAGAAUCACCAGUUUACUCAACCGGAGAGUUUCUUUUAAUCAUCACACAAAAAGGAGAACCAAAAGUGUUUAAUUUGGCACCAUGUUAAAGACAGCAGACACAUGUUGUGUGAGUCUCUGAGGGUUAAUGUGAGUAAUCCUGCUCUGUGCACAAGGAGUAAAAGUCUCUGACAUGUGGACAAAGUUAGGAGGCUUUGCUCACGUCGCCUCUUCAGGGAAAAAACUCUGUGAAAUGCAGUUUUUAUUUGUCAAGAUGAGAGAAAAAGAAGCUUUGGAGGGCCUUGUUGCCCUCCUCUACAGAGAAAGGCCAUUUGUCCAGAGGAAGCCAUGCUGGUAGCCUCUGCCAACCCCCUCCACUUUCCUCUCUUACGAAUGUAAAGAAAAGAUAAGUUAUUAAUAAAUUGCUAUUUUGUCUACA